GUAGUAUUCAUUAAUCGAGGUUGGCAGACGACGCCCGCAGCUCCUGUUUCCUAGAUAGGAAACAUUUUUAAUCCCCGAGUCUCCCUCUGGCCGGCGCCCUCAUGCUCAGUGGCACCUUGUGCGCCUUAUAAAGAGGAUUCCUAUACGUGCGCAAGGUUAUACCAGAUUAUAUGAUACCAAGAGACUUGGUUUGAGCUCGACAGAAUGCUGCUCUCUUACCCAUGGGGGUCAAGCCAGAGACGGAUAUCCGCCCUCACCCUCACCCUCACCACCGCCGCAACCACAAACCACAACUUAUUCCUGCAUUUCGGCACGCGGGUCUCUCUGCCUUCGUUUCGCCCGACACUACACGCUCUUGCGUGCAUCUCGGUGCCUAUCCCGCUGAAUACGGGUUUUACUCAAUCCUCCCUUAUACCCAACUCUGCCAAUAGGCAUGCCUAUGCAAACGCCAAAAGGGGCACGGGAAGGGGAUCCAUCGAAGGGAGUAGGCACCCAAGGGAGGCGUAGUAUCGAACCUCGAUAGUACUUAUCAGUCUAUGAGCUCAGGAGUCGAGGCCAAACCUACCAGUUUCGCAACCGCUAGCCACCGUUCCGCUCUGAGUUGGCACUUUCUUAUCGAGUCGUUAUUACAAUGUUGCUUCCACCCCCUUUCUCUGCAGUAAUACCAGCCAGAGCGUCAGCUUCGCCAGUUAUCUUGGGUCCCCUGAAUUCCGAUAACUCGGACAGACCUGCCAAAGCUCUGCCAUCCGCCUUGGCCGUACUGCUACCUCCCCAGAUAUACAAUACACCCGCUGUAAGAGAGUGCUAGAUAUCUAGUUUAGCUUUCGGGUUCCGGCCACAGAAGACAGGGAUACGAAAGACCGGUUUCUCGCCACUGAAUAAGGAGUGAUACGCGCGUACGAACCAGGCACGAUCAUAGCACUGACUCAAAGCGCCCUUCUCCCUAGUUGCCUUCCUCUCUCUCUUAGUUGCCAGUAUCCUAUGCGAUAUUUUCCCGAUCGCCCGCAGCUUCUUCGCGACGGCUCCAGGGCAACCGCGCGGCGCCCAUCCAGGGAUGGGGUAGCAGCACCGCAAGAAACACGGCCG